AUGGUCAACCAACCACCGAAGAAACCUGCUGGCACCCGGCGCCCAGCUGCUCCAGCCGGACGACCUGCUCCAAAACCGGCUCAAAGACCUCCAGGCUAUCAGCCAGUCACUGCCCCAAGGCCUGUCGCUGGCCACCCUGUGGUCGGUAGACAGCCUGCGCCGAACCAAGGGAUGCAGAUGGCUGAGAUGAGGCGCGUGCAACAGGCGGCAUUUGCUCAAGGUCAAAAGUCUGGACAAGCACAAGGCUUGAAAGCUGGACAGGCGCAAGGCCAUAAAGCCGGUCAAGCACAGGGCCUCAAAGCUGGCCAAGCUAAAGGAUACCACGCAGGAAACCAGCAUGGCCAACAAGUGGGAAAUCGACAAGGCUACAAGACUGGCCAUGCAUCUGGACAGGUUCAAGGCUAUAACCAAGGGCAUGUCUCUGGACAAAGGCAAGGUUAUAGCCAAGGCCAGGCCUCGGGGCAACAACAGGGCUACAGCCAGGGAUACCAGCAAGGUCACAAGACUGGCGGUACUUCAUCGAACUUGAAGUACGUGGCCGGCGGUGCGGUAGCCGGAGCGGCAGUGGCUGGUGGUGCAGUUUACAUCCACAACGAAAUGAAUAGCUCUAGCUACGUCGUCAACGAAGAGAACAAUAGCUACGCCGAGAACAACUACGACAACUACGAGCAGAACUAUUCUCAAAAUGACAACUACGGCCAAAACAACUAUGGGUAUGACUAUCCAGACCAGCGCGACACGUCGGAUGGUGAUGAUCGAGACGACAACGAUAAUCGAUACGCAGACGAUCCACGUUAUGAUGGGAACCAAUACGGCAACGCCGACGACGACGAUGAUGACAACAACAACACAUACCAACCGGAGCAGUACACCCGACCUCCUGCACAAGACUACUCGAACGAUAACAAUGGCCAGGGGAAUAACGAUGAUGGCUGCUGUGGUGACUGUGGUGACUGUUGUGGUGACUGUAGCUGCAACUGCUGCGAUGACUGCGAUUGCUGCGGUUGCUGCGGGGACGACAAGAAUGGGAACGACAGCGGAUGUGUAGUAAUGUGA